AUGUUUUUUUUCUCGUUUACUACUAUUCUUAACCUUGCAUUCAUAGCUACAUCCAUCGAUGUUGAGCAUGUUUUCUCCCGCGGUCGCUUGCUGUUGUCACACAUAUGGUCUCGACUCUCAACUCAAACCACUCGUGCACUCCUGUGUCUUGGUUGUUGGAGCCUGCUCAGGCUUGUCAAGGAUAAGGAUGUCUUACCCAUAGCUUGUUUGCCAGAUGUCAAGGGUGAUGAAAAAGAAGAUGGGACUCAAUAG